AUGGUGUUGAUAUCGGGAGCUGGAGAAAAGGCCUUUUGCGCUGGAGGCGACGUUGCCACUCUUGCGCAACAGAAUACUGAAGGAAAGGAAGGACAGCAAAAGUCCAAGGACUUCUUCUCCCUCGAAUACCAGCUCGACCACCUCAUCGCGACAUACUCGAAACCGUACAUUGCAAUAUUGGAUGGUAUUACAAUGGGUGGUGGUGUUGGGCUCAGUGUUCACGCUCCUUUCCGGAUAGCUACUGAGAAGACACUCUUCGCUAUGCCAGAAACGACCAUCGGUUUCUUCCCCGACGUCGGAGGAUCUUUUUUCUUGCCUCGCCUCGAUGGAGAGAUUGGCACCUAUCUUGCCUUGACUUCAGAGAGACUUGCCGGUGUCCAAGCCUUUUAUAGUGGAAUAGCUACCCAUUAUCUCCACUCAAGCACGCUGAGCCAGAUGGUGUCACGUCUUUCAGAAUUGACUUUCAAGGACUAUGCCUCACUCGCCGAGCGCCUCGACGUGGUCAAUAGCACUAUUUCAGAAUUCUCUACAGGUCUCCCGGACGAACCGAUCUUGCUUGCCGGCAGUCUUCGCGAGUCAAUUGACCGCUGCUUCUCGGGUUCUACAGUCGAAGAAAUCCUCGCCGCUCUUGAAGCUGAAACGGUGAACACGGAAUGGGCACAAAAGACGAUUAAGACACUGAAAACUCGGUCGCCGACGGCUCUCAAGGUUACCCUACGUCAACUGCGUGUCGGGCGGGAAUGGUCCAUUGCUGAGACCUUCCAGCGCGAAGAAAAGAUUGCUGGCCAUUUCAUGGAGCACCCCGAUUUCGUGGAGGGUGUUAGUGCGCGCCUCAUCAACCGGCCCCCUACAGAGCCCAACUGGAAGCCCGCCACCCUGGAAGAAGUUACUACUCAAGACGUGGACGAAUUUUUCCGCAUCCCACAGGGAGAGCAGCGCCUCUCGCUCUUGAAUCCCGAGGCAGAUUAUACCGAAUAUCCACAUGCGCGAUUCGCACUCCCUAGCGAGGCGGAAAUUGAAAAGUUUGUGCGCGAGAAUAGCACCUCCAAAACACAGAUUGUCAAGGCGUUUGAGGCGAAGUGGAGAGAAAAGGAGGGUGUAAGGGCCAAGGUAACUGAAGUGCUUAACCGAAAAACAAAGUCCACAGACAAAGGAAGACAAUGGAUCGAUGGGGUAGAAGAGAUUCAAGAGAGUGUCGAGGAAGAGGAGAAGGCAUAA